AGCCUUCCAAGCCCCUUCCGCCCGCCAUCGCACGUGCUUCACUUAUAUACACCCUCACUCUCCACCUCUUCAUCUCUCCACCUCAAUCUUAUCCUACUCCCCCCCCCCCCCCCUGCGCACGUUAUCCUAUGGCCGUCGUCCGCGAUCGCCGUCAGCUCAACCUCCGCCUCCCUCUACCUGAACCCUCCGAACGCUGCUCCCGCUUCCCACCCCCUCUCCCCCCCUCCGCCGCGGCUGCCGCUGCCGCCGCCCCCUCCGCCACCGCCAUAACCGCUGCCGACCUCGAGAAGCUCCAGGUCCUCGGGCAUGGAAACGGCGGAACCGUCUACAAAGUCCGGCACAAGCAGACGUCCGCCACCUACGCCCUGAAGGUCGUCCACGGCGACAGCGACCCCGCCGUCCGGCGGCAGGUCCUCCGCGAGGUGUCGAUCCUCCGCCGCACGGACUCCCCCCACGUGAUCAAGUGCCACGGCGUCUUCGACCUCCCCGGCGGCGACAUCGCCUUCUGUAUGCAGUAUAUGGACAUGGGAACCCUGGAGACCCUCCUCAAAAACGACGUCGUCUUCACCGAAACCCUCCUCGCCAGAAUCUGCCGCCAAAUCCUCAGCGGCCUCGAAUAUCUGCACUCGCACAAGAUAAUCCACCGCGAUUUGAAGCCUUCAAACAUUCUGGUCAAUCAGAAAAUGGAGAUUAAGAUCUCCGAUUUCGGCGUCAGCAAAAUCCUGCAGCGGACGCUGGAUCCCUGCAAUUCCUACGUCGGCACGUGCGCCUAUAUGAGCCCGGAGCGGUUCGACCCGGAUACAUACCGGUCGAAUAACUACGAUGUCUACGCCGGAGAUAUUUGGAGCUUGGGACUGACGUUGCUGGAGUUGUACGUCGGCCAUUUUCCCUACUUGGCGCCGGGGCAGAGGCCCGACUGGGCUACGCUAAUGUGCGCCAUAUGCUUCGGCGAGCCGCCCAGCUUGCCGGAGGGCUCGUCGGAAAAUUUCAGGAGCUUUGUUGAGUGUUGUUUGCAGAAGGAUUCGAGCAAGCGAUGGACCGCCACGCAGCUGCUGGCGCACCCUUUCGUCAGCGGCGUUGACUUGCAGUCAGCGUGAAGUCGCCGGAAAUUUUUGGGUCAAGCGGCGGAGGGGAUUUGAGGACUUUGUUGUACAUAGCGAAUCCUUCCUUUUUUCUUUUUUCUUUUUUUUUUCUCUUCUCUUUUUUUCUAAGGAAAAUAUCAUAGAAGAAUUUCUGGUGUAUAUUCUUUCUCUGAAUCAGGAUCCAUUUCAACAGUUACAAUGAAAACAUUCAAUUGCGGUAGAAUUUGGGAGAAA